UGCAUUCCAUAUUCUCCUAGUUGCUAAUUUUCCAUAUUUUCUCUCUGUCACAAACUAUCUUACCCGAUAAAUUUUCCGAUGGCUGCAGCAGAUUCCAAGAUUCUUAUCAUUGGAGGCACCGGUCACAUUGGAAAGUUCAUUGUGGAAGCCAGCGUCAAGGCUGGCCACCCCACUUACCUCCUAGUCAGAGAGUCACCCAUUUCCAACCCAGUAAAAGCAACCAUGAUCGAAAAAUUCAAGAGUUUGGGCGUCAACCUAGUUUUGGGAGAUAUAAAUGAUCAUGAGAGUUUGGUUAAGGCAAUAAAGCAGGUGGAUGUGGUUAUCUCUGCUGUGAGUUACAUGCACUUACCUGUUCAAUUCAAGAUCAUUUCUGCUAUUAAAGAAGCAGGAAACGUUAAGAGGUUCUUUCCUUCGGAGUUUGGAAAUGAUGUGGAUCGGGCUCAUAGAGUGGAUAAAGCAACCAAUAUAUUUUAUACUAAGGCCCAAAUACGUCGAACCAUUGAGGCAGAAGGAAUUCCUUAUACUUAUGUGGUGGCCAAUUUCUUUAUGGGACACUUUCUACCCAAUUGGUCAGAUCUUAGAACCAUAGUUGCCCCAUUAGAUGUAGCAAUUGUCCUUGGGGAUGGAAACCCCAAAGCUGUUUUUAACAAGGAAGAGGAUGUUGCUACCUAUACCAUCAAAACAGUUGAUGAUCCAAGAACCUUGAACAAAAGUCUCUAUAUUAGACCCCCGGCAAAUACCUUGUCAUUUAAUGACCUAGUAUCUCUAUGGGACAAGAUGAUUGGUAAGACUCUUGAAAGAGUCUAUAUUCCGGAGGAGCAAGUUUUGAAGAAAAUUCAAGAGUCCUCAUUUCCCGUUAAUAUGGCCUUGUCAAUUUGUCACGCUGCCUAUGUGAAGGGAGAUCACACUAACUAUGAAAUUGAGCCCUCAUUUGGUGUAGAAGCUUCGGAGCUCUAUCCUGACGUCAAAUACAUCACUGUGGAUGAGUUCAUCAAGAAAAAUGAUGCUUGCACACCAUUUUACUUACACCAGUUUAUAUCAAUUAAAGAUGGGUUUUGUAUCUAUAAUUUAACAUGACCACAACAACUUUCCUACACAUACAACAUUUUGUGGGACCCACAAUUUUU